GGUUACAUUUUAUGUAAAGAAGAUCAAUGAUCGCGAAGCACUUUGGUGUUCUUUUAUUAAAUAUGAAAUGUCUUAAUUCUUAUAUAUAUGAAUUAUGCAGUAUGUAUAAAGAAACAUAUUUGUUUUACUAAACAAUGAAAGCGUUUGAUGAUGAUCUUCGUUGGAGAGUAAUCUACCACCAGUAUCUUUUGGGUUCUUCUGCUCAACUUACCGCUAAUUCUUUGUUCGUAAGCAAAAGUUUCGUGUAUAAGAUCAGAGCGAUUUAUAAACGGAAUGGAAAUGUUACUAGGGCUAUUAGGAGAGGAAAACAACGGCUUUUAUCGGCAAGAGAAAAUGAAAUUUUAAAAUCAAUGGUAAUGACCAAGCCUGAACUCUACUUAGAUGAAUAUAAAGAUUGGCUUAAAGAAAUUACAGGAAAGCAAGUUAGCAUCUCCACCAUAUGCAGAUCAAUAAUUAGGCUUGGUUUUACUUACAAAAAGUUAACAGUCAUUGCUAAGCAGCGAAACGAGUUCAAAAGGGCUGCUUUUUCACGGUCUUUGGCAACUAUAUCAAGAAAUAUGCUUCUAUUUGUUGAUGAAACUACAAAGGACAAAAAAAGACUUCAGAGAUUCAUGGGACAUUUCUUUCCUGGCCAUCUAAAUACAAUGGUUGGUAAUUUUGUUAGAGAGGAUCGAUAUAGUGUUGUAGCAGCUCUUGAUAUCAAUGGAAUUGUGGCUACUCAUACUGUUCCAACAGCUUUUAACACAGCAUCUUUCAACUUCUUUAUGGAAUAUUUUGUUUGCCCUUAUGUUGGAAGAUUUGCUUUAAAUGAACCUCGAUCUGUGGUGAUAUUGGAUAACUGUAGGAUACACGAUUCCAACAAAAUGAUAAGUCUUGUGAGGGACAGAGGAGGCAUAGUCUUGUUUCUACCACCCUAUUCACCAGAUUUUAAUCCUAUUGAGUUGGUUUUCAAUGUGGCCAAGACUUAUCUAAAGCGUAACAGACAUUUGGUAUCCAUCAAUCCAAAGUAUUGUUUGGCAAUGGCCAUAAAUGAUGUAAUUGAACAUGGCUCGGAAGAGUUCUUUACAAAAUGUGGAUAUGUGCAAUAAAUGCUUAUUAAUGGCAAACUUAACCAAUUUGUGUUAAAUUUUAGGUAGUCUAAUUUUUGUUGAAAACCAAAGGAAAGUGCUUGGUCAGGUUUUUAAUCCCAUUGAUCCUCAGUGCAACUUAUAAUAACACAACAAUAUAAUAUAAUUUAAGGUAAAUAACUAGAUUUACACAGUCCAGAUUUAAUCUGUAUGUAAAAGACAUGUUUGCCUUUACAUCACUUCAGUGUUUCAGUCAAACUUUACAUACUAUUACCAAGAUAACCUAAACACAACUUACAACAAAAUAUCAACUACAGUAAUCAUAAUAUUCUUGAGCAAAGCCAUUUACUAGAUAACUCUAAAUACAUAUUAAAAACAGAAAGAAAAAUUUAAGUAAGUAUAUAUUUUGGUAAGACCUCUUUUAAUGCAGGUUAUUAGGAGUUAUUUAGAGCAUAUAGGCCCUAUUGGAGUUUUAUGG